UUUUGUGGUUAGAGUAGUCUAACGUGUUUUCAUCUGAAUUCUGGAUUGUAUGCAAACAAAUAGUGAAAUUUUUUUAAAAUUUUGUGUGAAAUUCCUCUCUUUUCUCUUUCGACCGGCAUCUCGCUGUCUGCAAAAUGAUUGAUGCUAAAGAAAUGUUUGAAAUAAUUGUUGGCACUUACGAGGAAUAUGUGAUAAGUCACAGGGUCUCAACUUGUGAUGGGAAGUUAUCUUUGACGCGAGUAUUUGCAAGUCACUCUCAUCAAGGCAGUGUAAAUGCACUAGCAGCAAAAGAUAAAUGGAUAGCAUCUGGCGGCGCAGAUGAUCGUAUUGAACUCAUUGACAUGGAGUCAAGAACCAAAGAAUGUUCCAUACAACAUGAAGAUACAAUUACCUCCUUAAGUUUCACGCCGGAUGGAGUGUACCUAAUAGCUGGUAGUAAAAGUGGGAACAUUGCUCUACUACGUGUGUCUAAUUGGAAAGUGGAAAAAGUCUUAUCCUCGAAUUCGGGUAUCCAAAGUAUUUCAAUACAUCCCUCUGGAAAGCUAGCGCUCUCAGUUGGGCAUGAUGGGCAUGUCAUAACCUGGGAUCUUGUAAAUGGGAAGGAAGUUUACAAAACCAACAUAGGGAGUGUUUAUGAUCGUCCAGGAGCUGUUGUUUGGUCUCCUGACGGAUCGUUUUAUGCAAUUCCUGUUGGACAUAUGUUAGAAAUUUAUAGUAUUUCUUCUAGGGGAAAAAUGUUUUCACAGAAACACGAUUCAAAAAUAACUUGUUGUCAGUUUCUGAACGAAGGAAUGGUCUGUUUUGGUGAUGAAGAUGGGACUCUUUCUUGCUUAGCUUUGGAUACUCUAGAAAUGCUGUGGGAAUUAAGGCCAUCAGAAGUUCGUGUGAAACAUAUUUGUGUUUGUAAAAAUACCAAAUAUCUGGCAGCAGCCUUUGGUGAUGGUAGCAUUAAACUGUAUGAUUUUGGAAAAAGUAAAUCAUAUAACAAAGCACCAAAACUUGAAGCUUCAACAUCAGUUGGUGCAAGAAUUACCUGUCUAGUCAUUUACGAACAUAUUUCUAGCAAGAAAAAGAAGCAGAAGCUGGAUGAAAGUUUAGUAAAGAAAGAAAAUGUCUAUAAAAAGUCUAACAAGAGGAAGAAUGCGCGUGUAAAAUGUUUCCCAAGGAGCUCUCAUUGGACUGUCACUUGCUCGUGAAAUUCAGGUUUCUUCAAUCCUUUUACAAUCUUUUGGUCUUCUACUUUGACACAUCUUACUUUUUUUCUUUGUACAUUCUUAUUUUGUAAAUAAUUUGUUAUCUGUUAAUUUAAUGAAUUGCACCCAAUGUUUUAAGGUCACCUCCCUACCACUUUUUCCAUAGUGAAUUGAACAAAUACAGUACUUCAAUCAGUUGCUUCAAUUUUGUACUCUUCUUUUACAACUGGUUCAUAAAGUGUUUAAAAUCUUAAGAUCAAA